AUGCGUCUUUCCUUGCUGGCGGCCUUGGCCGCCGCCGUCCCGGGAACCGCCGCCGUCGGCCCCAAGAGAUUCAAUACCCUCCCCCCGGUGCCCAAGGAUGACAUCCCCAGGGAUGGCGUCUUCCGCGUGUCCUUCAAGGCGGCCGCCCGGAUCAACAUCUACAACGGCACCUUCCAGCAGCUCAUCGACCACGACAACCCGUCCCUCGGCACCUUCACCCAGCGGUACUGGUACAACGCCGACUUCUACACGGCGCCCGGGUCGCCCGUCGUCCUCCUCGCGCCGACAGAGAGCUCCGGAGAGCUCGCGCGGGGCUACGUCACCAACGCCACGCUGCCCGGCGCCUUCGCCCAGACCAACGGCGGCGCCGCCAUCGUCCUGGAGCACCGCUACUUCGGCACGUCGUCGCCGUACCAGGACCUGACGACCCAGACGCUGCAGUACCUCACCGUCGACCAGGCCAUCCGGGACGUGGUCCGCUUUGCCCGCCACGUCGAGCUGCCCUUUGACCCGAGCGGCUCGUCCCGGCCGGACAAGGCGCCCUGGAUCCUGACGGGCUGCUCCUACUCCGGCGCCCUGGCCGCGUGGAUCGCCCGCCUGGCCCCCGGCACCUUCUGGGCCUACCACUGCAGCAGCGCCGUCGUCCAGGCCGUCGGCGACUUCUGGCAGUACUUCGCGCCGGUGGAGGAGGCCAUGCCGAGGAACUGCAGCGCCGACGUGAAGAGGAUCAGCGCCCAUCUGCAGCGGGAGCUCACCACCAGGCCCGAGGGCGCGAGGCGGCGGCUCAAGGACUCCUUCGGCCUGGGGGAGCUGCAGGACGACGACUUUGUCUUUGCGACCAUGUACCCGUUGGGCUGGUGGCAGCAGCAGCAGUUCUACUCGGGGUACGGGGGGUUGUUCCAAAUGUGCGACUGGAUCGAGGGAUUCUGGCCGGGUUCGGGCAAGACCCAGCCUGUCGGGGCCAAGGGCGUGGGAUUGUCGCCGGCGUUGGAGAACUUCGCCAAGUAUUUCAGGGAGGUGUUCCUCUCGGGAGAGGGAGCUUGCGCCAAAGCGUCAAGCGUAAGCUGCUACGACUCGCAUAAUGUCCAGAACUACGCUUACACCAACACCUCGGCCGGUAACUCGGACCGGGCAUGGGAGUGGAUGUUGUGCAACGAGGCCCUCGAGUUUUGGCAAGACGGCUCCCCUCAUUCCACCGUCGGAUUCCCACCGCCUCUGCUCAACGUAGAGUAUUUCCGUCGCCAGUGCCCCUUGUACUUCCCCAGCGUCAACAACUACGUGGUCGGCAUGGAAAAGGGCGUCCGAGCGGAAGACGUCAACCGCCGAACGGGGGGAUGGGACAGCGUCGGUCCCAAGCGACUCAUCUGGGUCAAUGGCGAGUGGGACCCGUGGCGACCGGCGACCGUCUCGAGCAAGUAUCGCCCCGGCGGUCAGUUCAGGGGCGACAAAGACCGGCCUGUGUUUAUUGUCCCCCAGGGAAGCCAUUGCAAUGACUACGUGUUGGAGAACGGCGAGGUGAAUGAGGGCGUGAAGAAGAUUAUUGAUGCCGAGCUUGCCGUUAUGAAACGAUGGGUGCGCAAGUUUUAUGACAGGAGGUAA